AGUGUUUCUCUAAGUGUAGGGUUCUAAGUAUUCAUAAACGAGUGAUUUUUAUCUUCAAAGUAACAAAUAGCGAACCCGUAGGAGCAACGAGCAACAGCGUCGGUCCAGCAGACGGAGACGAUUUCGAAACUGACUUCUGUCCAAAGCCCUGGGAAAAGGGAAGAAGGAGAAAUUGGCUUUUCUCAGUUCGUAAAGGGCAAGGAAUUAAAGGCGAAUUGAUGGUAAAACCUUCAAACUUUAGAAUUAUAUAAGAACGGAAUUCCCCACGAAUAACGCAAGAGCGAGUGAGACUAAGAUGCAGUUUUCAGAGAGACUGGUUGAGGAAUUUCUACGAAGUCAUCUUGAUGAUAAAAAAGUUCGCAUAAGUGCAGAUGCUAUCAAGAUGGUUGCAGAG